AUGCCAGAAGUUUUGAUCUCCAAGAAAAGAAAGCUCGUAGCUGACGGUGUCUUCUACGCUGAAUUGAACGAGUACUUCACUAGAGAACUCGCUGAGGACGGAUACUCCGGUGUCGAAGUCAGAGUCACCCCAACCACUACUGAGAUCAUCAUCAGAGCUACCCAGACCAACUCUGUCUUGGGUGAGAACGGUAGAAGAAUCAGAGAAUUGACUGCUUUGGUCCAAAAGAGAUUCAAGAUCGAUGAGGGUAAGGUUAUCCUCUACGCUGAGAGAGUCCAAGACCGUGGUUUGUCCGCUGUUACCCAAUGUGAGUCUUUGAGAUACAAGCUGUUGAACGGUCUGGCCAUCAGAAGAGCCGCUUACGGUGUCGUCAGAUUCGUCAUGGACUCUGGUGCCAAGGGUGUUGAGGUUGUCGUUUCCGGUAAGCUAAGAGCUGCCAGAGCCAAGUCUAUGAAGUUCGCUGAUGGUUUCAUGAUCCACUCCGGUCAACCAGCCAAGGAUUUCAUUGAGACUGCCACCAGACACGUUCUGUUGAGACAGGGUGUUUUGGGUAUCAAGGUCAAGAUCAUGAGAGACCCUGCUGCUGCCAGAACCGGUCCUAAGGCCCUUCCUGACUUUGUCAAGAUCCACGAACCAAAGGAUGAGAGAGAGGUUCCAGCUCCUUUCGUCAAGUCUUAUGUUGCUGAGCCAGUCGUUGAGGCUGAGGAGGCUGAGGAGCAAGCUACUGCUUAA